AUGACAAUGAAUAAGUUGAAAGCGAACAGAACCAAAAGUAGAGGUCCUGCAGAUAAUAUAAUAAAAAAUUCAUCUAACUUUGGACAGACAGAUAAAGAGCUAUAUGCAGUACUUAUUGCAGACCUUCUAUACGAUCGCUUCGAUCCUCUAAGUGACUACGUUCCCCCUUGUUUACUUCCAUUAUGUAAUGUUCCGCUGCUGCAUAUGACGUUAUCUACUCUUGCUUUUGAUGGUUUCAGGAACAUUCUAAUCUAUACUAUUAAAAGCUACAAAAGCGUUCAAGCAUACAUAAAUCAAACUACUUUAAGUAAUUGUUUUCCUGGAUUGAAAAUUUUUGUACGAAAUGUGGAAAAUUGUCAUAAUCUAGGUGAUAUUAUGCGUGAUCUUGAGUCAAGUGAAUUUCUUUGUGGAGUCUCAGACUUUUUGCUUGCUCCCGCUGAUCUGAUUUGCGGCAUCUCUUUGGCAAAAUUUGUUAAUAAACAUAAGGAACAACGUGAAAAAACACCAAACGCCAUACUCACUCUUCUACUACCCCCCAUAACCGAAGCGAUAAGUUCAGUUCAAGCUUCUGAGCUCAAAGUUAACGUUAUAUUUUCGCGAACGAACAAUAAUCGUUUGAUCAAUCUUUUUCAUGAAUCUCAUCGUGACCUUUCUCCAGUUCUGCUUAGCGACUUGAUGAAAUCCGGUGAAGUUAUCGAGUCUUCUCAACUGAUGGAUAUUCAACUGAGUAUUUGUAGUAAUCAUAUACCACCACUGUUUCAAGAUAAUUUUGACUAUGAAACUAUGGAUGAUCUUGUAAAUGGAGUGUUAACGAAUGAAGAAAUUAUGGAAUAUACCAUACAUGUUGAACCUUUACCUAAAGGACCGAUUGUGCUUCAGGCUGCUCCUGAUCUUAAUAGUUUGAUUGACUUAAACUUUAAACUUCUGUCUCGACAAGGUGGGUUUCAUUUGUCUCUGCCACCUUUGUAUGCCAAUCUAUCAGGCUCCGAAAUUGUAGCAGUUGGUCCACAAGUUUUUGUGUCUAAGUUGGCGAAAGUUCACCAUAAAGCCAGAAUAAUUGGAGCGUGCUUCAUUGGAUCUGGGUGCGAAGUGUCGGCGUUUGCUUGCUUAAUUGACUGUUCCCUUGGGGAAAAUUGUUUUGUAGGUGAAAAUGCAUGUUUACGGCGUGUUAUCGCUUUGGAGAACGUUCAUAUUUCUAGUCAUGUAAAGGCAGACGUAGCUUGGUUGUGUUCCGGUGUUCGUAUACUUUCUGGAUUUAAACUUCCUAACCGCUGUUUCAUAGGCCCGUCAUCAACCGCAGAUGUAACAUUGGGUCCAGGAUGUGGUAACUUGCCAAGUAACAGCGUUUUGGUCGCUCCUCGUACAGGUGAUUUAGUUAUAGACCCUUCAGUUGGUGGUGAACAAGCCUGGGCUGCCUAUUAUAAAAAAAGGCAACCUUCAGGGACAAGCGAUUCUGUGGAUAAUCUUUCCGAGGAAGAUACGCAAUCCGACCAAGUGUAUUUGACAAAUGAUGAAUUUACAAAUUGUCAUUUGUGGGAAACGGCCUGGGACAGAAUUAAAAAUGCAGCUAAAACACGUCGGCAAAGAAUGAAUCAAAAGUCUAGUCAUAGCCGAACUAGUGAUAUUCGUUGUAGCAAAUCCAGCAAGCCUCGCCGUAUGGUAAGUGAGAUAGAUGACAGUGAUGGAGAUUUGGAACAUCAAUUAAAAGAUACAUCGAAAACUGAAAGUGAUGGCGAUGAUGAGCAGUCAGAAAGCUUCAUAGUUACUGAAUUGAAACGAACUUUGGAACGAGGUGAACGACAUAAGUAUCCAGCUGAAACACUUAUACUUGAAGUUAAUUCUUUAAAACAUGCUUAUAAUGUACCUAUUGAAGAUUUUGGAUUCUUAUUGACAAAAGCCUUACUGGAGCUAACUCGUGAUCGUUUAUCUUCGAAAUCACAAAAUGAAUGCAGUAAAGCUGAUAUAACAGAAUUCAUCAUUAAUCUUCGUAAACUCCUAUUAAGCUUUAAUACUGUUCUGUCAUCAUGUAUGUCAGGAUUUCAAAAUACUGGCCGAGUUUAUCUUCAAGCCGUUGAAGAUGCAGCAUGCUAUGAUUCAUUAAUAUUUGCUUCUUCUAUGUCUAUUAUUCACACUAUGUAUGACAAUGAUUUAGUUUUAGAAGAUGAUAUAUGGUGGUGGAAAGAUAAUUCCCCACUUUUACUUGAUGAUGAUAUUUCUGAGAAAACUCGAUCAUUAAGAGAAAAAGUCAAACCUUUCUUUGAUUGGCUUGAACAGGCGGAAGAAGAAGAUGACGAUGAUAAGCAAUGA